CACGGCGUUGGACUUUAAAGGCUACUUGGGACUCUUAGUUGUGACUGAAAUCGCAGUUUAGCUUCUCGCAAUUUCUUGCUCACCAGUCACCACUAUAAAGUAAACCUUGACGGUGCCGUGACGUGACAUGAAGGGACGGCCAGUGUCAAUGCCGCUAUUUGAAAUGCAUUGCAAAAUGUUUUCAUGUGACGUGAUGUGACUGCCAGUGCGAAUUGGUCUAUAAUCUUUUAUUACUGCCCUAUAUUGCAGUGUACAAAUUGAAACUAUAUUUUUCCACUUUCCAAAUAAAGUUGUAUUAAUAUAAACAAACGCACAAUAACCAAAACACGCGAACAGAACACAGGAGACUAUUGUAACUAUCACUGCCUGCAACCGGAAGGAGCUGGCAUAUUUUUCAAGAAUGACAAAGAGUACUACCGAUCCACUGAAGAAAAAUGCUGUUGUAAUGGGAAGGAAGACAUGGGAGUCUAUACCAGAAAAAUUUCGACCUCUUCCUGGACGGUUGAAUGUUGUAUUGACUCGCACAAAUAGGUCACUUGGUGAAGAAGUAAUAGUUCAUACCAGCCUCGAAGAUGCCAUCAAAGAUUUGCACAAUAGGCAAGAUGUAGAAACUGUGUGGGUGAUUGGUGGAAGUUCUGUUUAUGACGAAAUGAUGAAAUCCUCAUACUGUCACAGGUUAUAUAUAACCAAUAUUUUGAAAGACUACAAUUGUGAUACAUUCUUUCCAGAAAUUGGUAGCCAGUACAAAUCUGUCAGUGAUCCUACAGUACCUUCGGGUAUCCAAGAAGAAAAUGGCAUUCAGUUUCAAUAUAAAGUUUAUGAAAAUACAGAAUAUGUCUCUAUUAAAAACAGUUAAAAGUAAACUAAUUCCACCAACUAAGGGAAAAAUAUAUUAUUUCUUUGUGUAGUUUUAGUUUCAUGCAAGUGGUGGAAAAAUAUGAACACAUGGUAAUGUGCUGAUAGAAAUAUAGAAAGACAGAAAAAUAUAGAAAGAUAGAAAAAUGAGAAAACUUGAUGUAAUUGUAAAAACAUGUAACAUUAAGAAAUAUAUGCAAUUUAAAUUACA